AUGCAAAAGCAACGUAUCACAAACACCGCCAAAGCUGUUCUUCUUCAAUCCGGCAAGAAUGCUUUGAGCAAAAACAUUUCUCCUUCAUCGGCUUCAGUAUUUUCACCUUGUUGUACAACACAAAAGAGAUAUUUACUCUGGGUUACCAAGGAAGAAGUUGAUAAGAGUGGAUACAAGACACCGAUCCCUGAAAAAGAUAUUCCAAAGGAAGUGAUUUAUAAUGGUCCAGAAACUUUGAAAGUAGCUUUUUGUUUGGAGAGGUUACCUCGUUUGGGUAAUGAUAUGCACCCUAUUGAGAAGGAAAUGAACGAGCUUCAAAAACACAAUAACAAUUAUUAUGCCAGACAUAAAUGGCUCGAUUAUACCGAAUAUCACGAAGAAUGGAUGAAAUUAAAGAAGAAGCAAGAGGGUCAAAAGAACGCUAAGAAGGAGGGUCCAGAUGUUCACAUUAAAGUACCAGACCCAGCUGAAAUGACUGAUAAACAAAAACUUGAAUAUGAAAGAACACAAGGUAAAGGAUAUAUGACUGAAGGUACUGACUAUUGGAUAAAGAAUUGGAAACCUCAACGAAGAUGGACAAAGGAUGAUUUCAAUGAUAAUAGAAAAUCAAUUAAUAGACAAUUAGAAAAUAGACUCUAUCUUAUUUUCAAAGAUAAGGAAACUGGUUUGUGGAAAUUCCCAGAAACUGUUAGAACUAAUCCACACACAAUGAGAUCAGCUGCUCAAGAAUUUUUCGGUAAACAAAUGCGUAAUCGUGUAAAUGGUCACUUUAUCAGCUAUUCACCAACAGCUCACUAUGUGAAUCCAUCAAACCCACUUGAAAAGACUUUCUUCUAUCGUGUUAUUUAUAUCGGAGGUGUUCCACCUUUCAAGCAAUUGGCUGAAUACUCUGACCAUGCUUGGGUUACCAGACAUCAAUUAGACGACUACAAAUUUGUCGACGAACAAUACAAGGAUGUUGCCUUCCAUAUGCUUUUCGAUGGUAUGCAAUACGUGAGUUACUAA